GACUGAAUGGUCAUAAUAUGUGAUAUAAGAGUUGUACUCUAACUGAGUUUUGUACAAAACAAGAAGAUCCCAACGAGUGUUGUUUUGUUUGAGCUUGACAGGCUUUGACAACAACAAAGAGAGAAAUAGACCAAAUUCUUGUGCUUACCACACAAGUAGCGAAGAAUGGCUUCAGAUCCAAAGAUUCAAACAUUUGAAGAGGUCGCAAAGCACAACAAAACCAAGGAUUGUUGGCUUAUUAUUUCUGGCAAGGUGUAUGAUGUGACACCAUUCAUGGAUGAUCAUCCUGGUGGGGAUGAGGUUUUGCUAUCUGCUACUGGAAAGGAUGCAACAAAUGAUUUUGAAGAUGUGGGUCACAGCGAUUCCGCUAGGGAUAUGAUGGAGAAGUACUACAUCGGUGAUAUUGAUGCAUCGACCGUUCCUCUGAAACGUGCAUACAUCCCACCACAGCAACCCACAUACAAUCAAGACAAGACUCCUGAGUUUGUGAUUAAGAUUUUACAGUUUCUCGUACCCCUCUUGAUCCUUGGCUUAGCCUUCGCAGUCAGACACUACACCAAGAAGGAGUAGACUAAUGCACUAUCAAUAAACAGUCAAUAUUUCAGAGUGGCAAGUUGGUGAUCUGCAUUGCUUUAGUUCUAGGAAAAUGUCAUCGUUUGUUUAGUUUCGUUACAGUGUUUUUGUGUGCCAAAAUUGAGUAGUGGUUGUAGUAUGGUCCAUCAAAGAUCAUGGUGUCUGAAUGUGUUCUUAGAACAGUUGUGUUAAUGGUUACAGGAUAAUAUUUAUUUAUAUUAGACUAUGAACGGAGGCUCGGUAUCAGUUCUGCAUCAUUUGCAUUGGGUGCUUC